AUGCCGUCGCUUCCUGCGGACGAGGAGGGGAACAACAUGCCGGAGAGCAGUGACAUUGACCUGGCAGCUGUGCUGAAAAGACUGGCUGACCAAGAGCAGCGAAUCCUCGAGUUGGAAAGGCGUUGGGAACAAGCGCAAGUGGCCUCUGUACCGGGGCCAAACAGCGCAGAGGGGAAUUUCGAGAAACCAUGUGACGUUCAAAUUUUGGCAGCGGAAGAUCAGCAGGCAGACGCGGAUGUUGACCCGGAUGUUGCUACUUAUGAGUUUGACACCUCCAUGUGGGAUGCAGCUCUCCUAAUAUUUGUUGGCCAUUCAACCGCUAUGGACAAGAUCGUCCUCUUUCUGGGUUGUGCCACAAACUUGGCGCUGCAGGUGGCUUUGCUCUGCACUGUAUUCUUGAAUAUGCUCGAAAACGAUUUCACAGAUGAGACUGUGCAAGGAAUGCUGGCUUGGCGUACGAAAGUAGGCCACCAUGAAACAGAAUUUGAUGAUAACACUGGUGACAGCUUGAUCACAAAGUUGUGUUCGCGCUCUGAUUGGUCAUUUGAGCAGGACCAGUACAAACAAAUGCACGAUUAUCUCUACAAACCGAUGCCUGGAGUUGUUCUCAGUGCGUUGGCAAUCGUCCUGUGGGUUCUGACCGUUAUGGUGGAGUACCGCCGCUGUGUGGAGCAAUCCUUGGCCGUGAUUCAACUUCCAGCCCGUGGAAGCAAGGAGUUCAUGGCAACCGAGCAGGGCACCAUGAAGCUGCAAGGGAUCCGCCCUGCACAGCGGAUCUUCGCCCUCACGUUUCUCACCUUGCCCCGGCUUGCCGUCAUGUUCUUCUUGGCGAUCACCGGCUGUCAGUAUCUGGCUCAAACUGUAAACUUGUCGGAUAUCGUGCUGAAUGCGGUGGCCCUGGCCUUUGUUCUAGAUGUGGACGAGCUCGUUGCAGACGUCUUCCUCACCGAGAACUUGAGGUCGUUGCUGUCCAAGGUUGAGCCUCUCAGCUGUGGCAAACCGCACAGGUGGUUCCCAGCCAAGGAUAUCAUCAGGUAUGUCAUCACAGCAGGACUCGUCAUCACUUCAUUGUUCGUUUGGCUGUCGCCCUUCAACCUCAGCGUUCAAGCUGCUGCCAUGGCUUUGUGCAGCGGUCACCAGGACUUCAGCUUCGAAGGGGGCACCGUAGCAGAGCCUGCGUUGAUCCUGCAACCCAAGAGCUUCGGGAGCGAUCCAUGGGCGGCUAGCUGCAAUGGUCUGGCUGAGGAUUGGUACUUGAAAACAUACUACGGAGCGGAGUUCAAUGUGUCAAAUUCCUUGGCAACGAGAGCGUCAUCUCUGGAGUCCAAGCGCAAGGAUCACAUCUUGAAUUUCGCCUUUGGCCCCUUCUCAGUUGGAACGGUUGCUGCCUGCGGUCCGGGCAAAGUCCUACGCCCGCAGGCAGCUGACGGGGCCAGGCAAUGCGUUGAUGUUCCAGAAGCCUUGAAAAAGAACCUUCCGUCAUCCGUGAAACCUGGAGAGGUGGCAGCUCCGCCCAGCUGUCCACGCUUCGAGGCAGCAAACGGUUGCGGCCAGGUGACACUGCCAGAAGUUUGUCUGUGGACAUGGCUCUCGAAGAAAUGUGAUCUCAAGCCUCCGGGUCAGGUGUACACUGAGGCCUGUGAUGUUUCCACCCCCCUAGAUGUGUCCUGCCGGCUGUGGCAAAAUGUCUUCAACCAGUCGCAUCCAACUUUCAACUGCAUUGCCACGGAGCACUGCAGCAGGCCUUGGAGCUGUUUGACAAUGAUCGGAGCUCUUAGGAUUGGCCUCAAUGAUACUUCGCAGCUCGCCCGGGCGUAUGGAUACGGGUCAGACUAUGCAUCAGCAUUGGGCGAGCCUUUUGUCAAAGCGUUGCCGGUGCUGGGCGUCUCGAAAUUCGGCAUCACUGACCCUGGCAGCAAUUUUAUGGAUCUCCCUGGAGACGACGAAGCUCAAGGAUAUGUGGAGUUCCGUUUUGCCAUUGAAAACAUCGCAUACACAGUUUCUCCUCUCCACGAGGAACUCGGAACGAGCUCCUUUGCAAGACUCAUGACGGACUUUUCAGACAAGCCGCUGAACUUCACCUCAGCAAAGCUGGUCUCUUACGAAUACAUGAGCGCAACCGUCUUUGCCGAGCGCUUCCCCCAAUCUCGAUGA